CCUGGAGGCAGUUCUGAGCAGUUUUGCUUCAGCUCGCCACUCAUGAUGGUUGAUCCUCCGGUCUUCUGUUUUUCAUUCAUAACUCUGUUUGCUUGUGUGAGAUGUUCACUGCCUCCUCCGUGUGACAGUGAAAUCUACUGCUCAGGGCCCAUCCUACAACAGGUCCAAGAAGCUAAGCUGUUCGAUGAUGACAAGUACUUUGUUGAUAUGAAGCUGAGGUCAGCUCCUGAUGUCGUUUUGGCGGCUUUUCAAAACCUCUCAAAUGAGUGGCCAAACUCCACCAUCCCGACCAUGAAGCUCCAAGAGUUUCUCACAGCAAACUUUGAGAAACCAGGGACAGAGUUUGAGACGUGGACGCCAACAGACUGGCACGAAAACCCCAAGUUCCUGAGUGGAAUAGCAGAUGAGAAGCUGCGAAGGUGGGGGGAACACAUUCACAGCCUGUGGAAGUCUCUCGGCAGAAAGAUCCAAACCAGUGUCAGAGAUCAUCCAGAGCUCUACUCUCAGAUUUACACUCCACAUCCUGUCGUCGUGCCGGGGGGCCGCUUCAGGGAACUCUACUAUUGGGACUCCUAUUGGGUCAUCAAUGGGCUCCUUCUGUCCGAGAUGACCGAAACGGCCUACGGUAUGAUUCAGAACUUCCUCUUCCUCGUCAGCAGAUACGGCUUUGUUCCAAACGGUGGGCGGAUUUACUAUGAGAGGCGCAGCCAGCCUCCGUUCCUCACACUGAUGGUGGAGAGCUACUAUGAAGCGACCAAUGACCAGCAGUUCCUCAGGGAAGCUCUACCAGUUCUGGAGAAGGAGUACCAGUUCUGGAUGCAGAACCGUUCUGUGGUAGUGGAAGUAAGCGGGUCAGAACAUGUUCUGAACCGGUAUAACGUGGAGGCGGAUUUGCCCAGGCCUGAGUCCUACACAGAUGAUCUGGAAUUAGCUGAAGGACUCUCUGAUGAGCUCAAACAGCAGCUGUGGAUGGAUCUGAAAGCAGGUGCAGAGUCUGGCUGGGACUUCACUUCCCGUUGGUACAUAAACGGUACCGGCCAUAACGACGGGACACUCAGAGAGACCCGCACCAGCCAGAUCCUGCCCACUGAUCUCAACGCCCUGCUAUGUCGCAACGAGAGAACCCUGGCCUCAUUCCACCGGCUGCUGGGUAAUGGUGACUCAGCUGCUCGGUACGACCAGGCUGCAGCCUGCAGGACCGAGGCGAUGGAGGCACUGCUAUGGGACGCUGAGAGGGGAGCGUGGUUUGACUACAGCCUGGUGACGCACUCCAAACACUUUGAGUUCUACCCCUCCAACCUGGCUCCUGUUUGGGCUCGAUGCUAUUCUCAGCCUGAGAUGAGAGAGAAGGCAAUUCAAUACCUGAAGGGGAGCGGCGCUCUCAACUUCCCCAACGGAGUGCCGACGUCACUGAGGGAGUCUGGGCAGCAGUGGGACUAUCCCAACGCCUGGCCUCCUUUGCAGCACAUGCUCAACGAAGGUGGAAAUUUGUCCAAACUGUCUUCAGAGGACGCCAAGAAGGUCUCUUCUGAUUUGGCGCAGCGCUGGAUCAAAACAAACUGGCUGGCCUAUGAAAAAUAUGAAGCCAUGUUCGAAAAGUACAAUGUGAACGGAGACGGAAAACCAGGUGGUGGUGGCGAAUAUGAAGUUCAGCUGGGCUUUGGUUGGACCAACGGUGUGGCCCUGCAGCUCCUGGAUCAGUAUGGGGCGACUCUCACCUCGGGAGGGAGACGUGUGUGCUCUGACCUCCUGCUGCCUCUGGUCAUCUCCAUCGCUCUCAUGCUCCAGUAAAUCAGAGGUGUCAGAAGCGCACCGGCUGAGGAUUGGAUUGUAUUUUUUCCCCCUCUGUCCACGGACAAGAAUAAAGAGACUAACGAGGGUAUUUUUACCUCAGCUAAACCUUGAAAUAGCAUCAACUUAAAAUCACCACUGAUAAUUUCUUUCAGUCCUCUGAGGUGAAUAAUGGUUGGUUUCAUGAGAAGAUUUAACGUGAAGAUAUAAUGUUUUUUGGCCACUGAAGCUCACAACUUUCUAAGAUAUAGAAUUAAAAAUAUUUGAUGGUA